AUUUCCCUCCCUUAAAUUUAUCUUCAUCACCAAAAAAAAAAACACCAAACAUCCAAAAUUCUAAUUCUGGUUCAAUCCAAUUCAUUCAUCUCUCUGGUCAUUCCAACCAAUCCAUUUCCACACAACAACCCGAUCUCUGGUAUCGUUUCCGACGAUGCCAGAGGUCGGCCACAUCGCAACCGGCAUACCACCGCCGCCGGCCAACUCUCUUUUCGGCAAAUACGAGCUCGGAAAACUCCUCGGCUGCGGCGCUUUCGCCAAAGUCUACCACGCCCGUGACCUCCUCACCGGCCAAAGCCUCGCCGUUAAAGUAUUCAACAAACACAAAAUCACCAGCAACACAACCCUCAUGAGUAACAUCGAGCGCGAAAUUGAUAUCAUGCGCCGCUUACGUCAUCCAAAUAUUGUCAAAUUGUAUGAAGUUUUAGCAACAAAAACGAAAAUCUACUUCGUUAUAGAGCUCGUGAAAGGCGGUGAAUUAUUCGCAAAAGUUGCGAAAACGCGAUUGAGCGAAUCGCAAAGCCGGAAGUAUUUUCAACAACUGAUUUCCGCGAUCGGUUAUUGCCACUCUCGCGGCGUGUAUCAUCGAGAUCUAAAGCCAGAAAAUCUGUUGAUUGAUGAAAACGGUAAUCUCAAAGUGUCAGAUUUCGGUUUGAGUGCGGUUACAGGUCAGAUCCGUGACGACGGAAUGUUGCACACGCUUUGUGGAACUCCGGCGUACGUGGCGCCGGAGAUCUUAACAAAGCGUGGAUACAACGGAUCUGCAGCAGAUAUAUGGUCGUGUGGCGUAAUAUUAUUCGUGUUAACCGCUGGAUACCUACCGUUUAACGAUCCAAAUCUUAUGAUGUUGUAUAAGAAGAUAUACAGAGGCGAUUAUCAUUUCGCGAAGUGGAUGUCUGCGGAUCUACGAAGACUGUUAGCGCGGUUGUUAGAUACAAAUCCUGCAACGAGAAUUACGAUCGAAGGAAUCACCAGUCACCCAUGGUUUAAGAAAGGAAGCAAAGGAACGAAGUUUUACGAGUGUGAGGAUGAAGAGUUUUUGGUGAAACCAGAAGAGGAUAGUAAAACGACGCCGUUGAAUGCGUUUGACAUCAUUUCGUUUUCGUCUGGAUUGAAUUUGUCUCCGUUGGUGGAUAACUUGCAUAACACGUUAGGUGAGAGUGAGAAAGUGGUGGUGGCGGGGACGCCGGAGGAGGUGAUGGAGAAGAUAAGGGGGAUUGUGAAGGAGGAGGGGGUUAAGGUGAAGAGGAGGAAGGAUUAUGGGGUGGAGUUGGUGUGGCAGAAUGGUAAGUUUGUGAUCGGAAUGGAGAUAUUCCGGUUGACGGAGCGGGUGGUGGUGGUGGAGGUGCAGAGUAGAGGUGGAGGUUGUUCGGAGUUGUAUGAUGAGAUUUGGAAGAACAGAAUUAAGCCGGAGCUGCUCGACAGAAGAUGGGAAGCUUAGGUAGUUGACAAGUUUAUUAAUUUGUCAAUAAUAACUUUUGUAAAUUUGUUUAACAAAAAUAAACAAUGGAAAGUUAACAAAACAUAAACCUAAUCCGAUACAGAAACUAGAGGUGUG